AUGGACGGCGUGGAUGACAUUUUGAAUGAGAACCAAGUGGCCGACGAAGAGGAGGACGAAGACGAGGAAUUGGACGAGGAAAUGGUCGAUUUAGCGGGUAGAGAUGAGAACCAGGAUCGAGAUCAAGAAGGCGAACAAGACGACCAGGACAAUCAAGACGAUCAGGAAGAUUACCCCGAGCAGACCCAGGACCAAGACCAGGAUGACGAUGAUGAGGAUAUGGACGGAGAAGAUGACGACAAUGACGACAACGACGAUAUGGACGAUGACAACAACAACGGGGAAGCAGAUCUGCGCAGAAAUAGGGAAACGGGAGACAGCGAGGAAGAAGAAGAAGAGGACGAUGACGAUGACGAUGACGGCGACGAUGACGAAGAUCAAGAACAGAAUGAGGCCAGAAGAAAAAACGACAACAACGACAUCACGUCAUCGGCUGAAGCAAGACCAAAUUUGGGCGUCUCUGUGGAAACUCACCAACCAUCCAUCCGCAAACCAACCUCGGCGUUCGACAAAAUCCAUGAGUAUUACAUACAGCUCUACAAUUCUGCAAAGCUCGCUGACGUAUACUCGAUAUACCCAACGGCCGCCAUCCCCAUCCAAACCCAUGUCCACAGCAUAGCCAUGUCCAAAGGGCUCAAAUACUUGUUUUUGGGCGGUGAAGACGGAUUCAUAAGAAAGUACGACUUUUUAAACACAAUCGAGGGUAAACUGUCGCUAACGAUUCUGCAAAAACACUCACUGGUGGAGUCCAUUUCCAAUGCAGGGAUUUUGCUGUCAUAUUGGGAAAACGAAGUCCCCCAAAGUCGUGACAAUAUCAAGCUCCUGAAAUCUGGAAAAGAAUACGAACCUGUUGUGUCCCCUGUGCAUGCUUUGGAAGUGCAAAGUGAGUGUAUGUUUGUUUUGGGCGGUCUCGAGAACGGUGGGAUCACAAUGCAAGGAUGUCGGUUCAUGGAGGGACAUAUUGCACACCUUUUUCAAAAACACACGAGUACUGUAAAUCAGCUAAGACUAAGCAAUGAUGAAAGCCGCUUCAUGAGUGGAGGUUGGGACAAGCAGAUUUUGGAAUGGGAUCUACAGACCGGAACUUGCAGUAACGAGUUCAAAGGCUCCACAGCACAAUUAUCAUCAUUAGAAUUCAGGCCACUCUAUUCCACUGUGGAUGUAGGUGAAAAAGCCAAUUUGGAGACAGGAAACGAACAGGAGGAUGCGAAGAAAGAGGAUGAUGAUUUGGACUCGCUGUUUGGUGACGAAGAAGAGGAAGAAAGAGUAAAAACUCAACAAAAGGAAGAUGCAGGUGACACAGCACCGGAUAACAAGUCCCCGGAGGUUACGCAGACAGACGAAAUCUCAAAAUCAACACUGAAAACAGUUUUAGACGAAAACGUAUUUUUGGCCUCCUGCACUAAUGGCGCCGUGCAGAUAUGGGAUCGCAGAAUAUCGAACAGACCUGUACUUAACCUAUCCCGGGGCCCUCAAGUACCGCCAUGGUGCAUGUCAGCAUGUUGGUCUACUGACGGAGAUCGAGUUUACGCGGGAAGAAGAAAUGCAAUUGUGGAAGAGUUCGACCUCAAAAUGAGUAGCAGUCCGUCUAAAGUACUGAAAUUCCCCAGUAUAUCUGGUCCAGUUUCGUGUGUUCGUGCAAUGCCAAACAACAAGCAUGUUUUAUGUGCCUCUAAUGAUAAUGUGAGAAUCUACGAUGUUUCUCAGUAUGGAUCAUCAAAGGUGCCGUUUUUGAUCGUACCAGGCCAUCAUGGAGGAAUGAUCUCAAAUCUGUAUCUUGACCCUACCUGUCGAUUUUUGAUAAGUACCAGUGGUGAUAAAGGAUGGCAAGGAGUCUCGACCGAUGCCACCCUCAUUUACGACAUUGACGUUGAGUAG